AUGAGCUUCAGAAGCGAAGAUGAGGAUAAUCAAACUCACCGGAAAAGCCAAGAUCCGAAGAAUAGAGCGGGAAAUCAAAACCCCAGAAACUUGAGGCGAAACAGUCGCAAAGGAAGGAAUUUGUCAAUUCAAAAGCAUCAUCGUCUCCGAGAAACAGACGCACAUGGAGGAGGAAGAGGAGGAAGAAGGAAUCUUUGGAAGAGGCUUCAAUGGAGGCAAGGAAUCGAGGAGGGAAAAACGAAGAAUCAAAAACUCAGUGAGAGACACUGA